UCGUAACACAUUCGUCAGACGGAAGGGAUGUGAAAAUUUUCGCGUGCGCUCGAUCGAGAUCGAUAAAUUUGUCCCAAUUUGGACGUUUUUUGGACAUUGAACCUGGUGGAAAGUGGUCGAAAGCGGAAGUGCUACGAUGUGUACCAAGAACCUGUCGUGUCCGCUGUGCUGCAGGUCCAAUUUUCCCAACAUUGACGCCUUACGUAUCAGCUUGCUGAAGGUAACCUCGCGGCCAUUAAAAUGUCCAAUUUGUGUGGAUGAAGUGUUGGGGCUAGACAAGUUGACGAUUCACCUCUUCGGGCAUUCGAUCCUGGGCCCAGAAGACGGGAAGCCACCGCCUCCACCUGUUCCCCCUGCUGUGGAGAAGAAGAAACCGCCCACGACCACGAGUCAGCUGAAGAGCGUACGAAAGUCGCGAUCGACCCAGAAGACACAGCCCAUUGAACCGAGCAGAUGUGGCAUAUGUGGUGACGAAUUUCGCGACCAGAGUCUGCUGCAGAUGCAUCAAUCAGUUUUUCACGAAAUUCCCAUUCGACCAUUGGAGGAGAAACCACCGCUGACGUUCCAGUGUACGAUGUGCCCAAAGGUGUUCAAAAUGAAAGGUUCGCUCAAGAUCCACAUGCGGGUUGUCCACCUGGGUUGCCCGAAGAAAGCGGCAACUGUCACGACUAACGGAAGCAGUGAUGUCCCACCUUCCGAUCCACCGCCAGCCUAUCCGUCCACUGACGUAGUUCACUGUAACAUCCCAAAGACGCCGCCUCCACUUGCGGUGGUACAGCCAACACUAGCUCCACCCCCUCCGCUACAACCAGUACCGCAACUUCCGCAACAAAUUCACCACCAACCACCAGCCCAGACCGUCACCAUCUCGACCAGCCCGAUGAGUCAGCCGCAGAUCAUCAAGAUCAUAGACCCGAGACAGCUGGCCGAGUUCAUCUACGUAACAAAUCAACAACAGUUGCAACAGCAGCAACAACAACACCAACAGGUUGUCGAACGAGCCAUCAUCAACGCGACUCCACCAAGUAGUGUUCCGCCCUCGCCAAAGGAUCUGACCACCACCAGCAACAGUUCGGCCCCUUCGCCGUCCCAGCCGCAGCAGCUGAAUUCGCCCCAAGCGACCACCCCGCAGGGUGGUGGGGCUGACCCGAACAAGCAGUGGGAGUGCGACGUCUGCAAGAAAAGCUUCACCACCAAGUACUUCCUGAAGAAGCACAAGCGGCUGCACACGGGAGAAAUGCCAUAUUCGUGCAAAAUCUGCUUUAAAUCGUUCACGUUUCAACAAUCGUACCACAAGCAUCUACUGUAUCACAGUGAUGAUAAACCCCACGUCUGUUCGCAGUGUGGGCGAGCUUUCAAGGAGCUUUCCACGCUACACAACCAUGAACGGAUUCAUAGCGGAGAAAAACCGUUUUCCUGCGAAACGUGCGGGAAAUGCUUCCGACAGCGUGUGUCCUACCUGGUACAUCGUCGUAUCCACACCAAUACUCAACCGUACAAGUGUACCGCUUGCGAGAAGAGCUUCCGUUACAAGGUAUCCCAGCGGACUCACAAAUGCCCCGCCCAGCCGCCCGGAACCGUAAUCCGCCAAACGGGUGACCUACUACAGAAACUGCUCCAGUCCUCGGCUAUCCUGCCAACGCUACAGGAACAGCAGCAACCCUCGACAGCCUCACCACCGCCAGCCCCACCCUCCUCCGUGGAGACCGUCGUCGAGCAGACCCCGGACGAUGAAGACGACGCGACCGGAUCCGAAGACUACAUCAACCGAACGCUGGACGAACUGCUGAAGGAGUCGUACGACAAGAUGGGCAUUUCCGGCGACCAGAGCCAGCUGUACGCAGCGAUGGACGGCGGAUCGGGCGGGUCUUCGUCGUCCGGCGGCGUCGGCGGUGAAUCGAGCGUGCUCGUGCCACGGAUCGAGAAUCUCUGCCUGAUGUCUCCCGGUCCGCGGGGCGAUUUGAUGAGCUUUGACGGGGAGUCGAUGGAGGUGAUCGAUUCGUACAAGCUGGACUUGCUGUACAAUUGAAGUUAUGGACUAAGUUAGUCAGUGUUAGCAUGCGAUCGUGAUGUUUUUUUCCGUUUGUAAACUCGAUUGUGUAGUUUUUAGAAACUGUGGUUCGACGUUGUGUCAUCAAUAGAAUCCAUUUCGACACAUUUUGAAUGUUAAUUUUCAAUUAAGCAAAUAUUAAUUAAGAUCUGUUUAUGUCCAUCAACAUUAGCGAAACUACUGUAAGUACAAAUGAAGUUGAAUAAAUUGAUUUUUAUGACUUUUGCCAUUUAAAAAUUGAAGGAAAUCAAAAAUUAAUUUAUUCAAAGGGCGGUGUCAAUCCAGAAAAUCAAAAUGUAUUGCUCAUUCAAAGUAGGAAACUCAA